AUGGUAGACAUUAAGCAAUUACAUAAUAAGUGUAAACAGAGCCUUCGUUUAUACUUCCACAACCAAAAGAACAGCCUACUCCAAACCGUGUGCAAAGCCGAUUUAAAAUAUUCACCAUUAAAUCUUAGUGAAUUUUCUGCAAUCGAAUUAAUAUCAGGAACGCAACAUAUCCAGUCGCUCAUGCAAGACUGGAAAAUGAAAGCGGUUCAUGGCAGAUAUCCACAUGCUCUAGACGCUCCUGAAGUAGAUAACGCUGCUUCCAACGAAUGGUUAAUUCACUCCGGUAUCUACGCCGAAACUGAAGGUUUUAUGAUCGCUAUACAAGAUCAAGUUAUUGCGACUAGAAACUACUCGAAAUAUAUUAUGCGUGCUACCGUUGAAAACGACCUAUGCAGACGAUGCCAAAAGCAAACAGAAACCAUCCACCACAUCACAGGAGCUUGUGUCACGUUAGCAGCCACCGAAUACUUAACCAGACAUAACCAGGUGGCAAAAAUUGUACACCAGAGUCUAGCGAUACAACAUAAGCUAGUAACGGAAGAGCUGCCGUACUUUAAAUAUACUCCAGACGCUGUAAUUGAAAACAGAACGAGCAAGCUAUAUUGGGACCGAUCAGUUUUGACGGACCGUCCAAUGCCACACAACAGGCCGGACAUAAUAGUGGUCGAAAAAGAAGUGAAUCAAGCGUUCCUCAUAGAUAUAGGCGUACCAAAUACUCACAAUCUUCAAGAUUGUUAUAUGGAGAAAUACAGAAAAUACCAGAGCUUAGCAUACGAGAUAAAGGAUUUGUGGAAAUUAGAAAAAGUAGAGGUGAUUCCAGUUAUAAUUUCGACAACAGGAGUUAUUCCAAAAUCAUUGAACACUAGCCUGGAAAAAUUCAACAUGGUAGAAAAGCGAGGGGCCAUACAAAAAUCUGUGAUAUUAUCUACAUCAUCGAUAGUUCGUAAAUUUCUGAAUAUGAAUUAG